CUCUUUUUCAGGCUCACGGUAUAUAAAUGCUGAAAUUGGUCUGGUUUAAGGCAUCAGUUAUCUACCUGCUUCCAACCUCACAACAACUCACAACAUGCAGCUCCUUAUCCUCGCCGCCGUCGUUGCCAUCGCCUCCGCCAACACCGGGUACCCGGCUCCAUCUUAUCCAGCUCCAGGUUACCCUGCUCCAGCAUACAAACCCGAAUCUUACCCUCCCCAGCCGUACAGCUUCGCCUGGGAAGUCAAUGAUGCUCCAUCUUACAACAACUACGCCCACUCGGAGAGCAGCGACGGCAAGGUGACGACCGGCUCUUACCGCGUCGCCCUCCCCGACGGCCGCACCCAGAUCGUCACCUACAAGGCUGACAGCUACGGAUACACCGCUGAUGUGAAAUACGAGGGAGAAGCCAAAUACCCUGAAUACAAACCAGCUGCCUCUUAUCCUGCCCCAGCAUACAAAGCUCCAGCCUACCCUGCUCCAGCUUACCCUGCUCCUGCCUACAAGGCACCCGCUAAAUACUAGAAACUUUAUAAACGUAUCCUAACUAUACAAGAGCUGUAACCUAUACUUCUCAAUGCAAUUAAAAAUGAAUCGUUGUCAAUAAAAUAUAUUACGUAAGAACAA